GUUCCCUGUUGCUCAAGAUGAUGAAGAUGAGGAUAAGGAAAAUAAAGAAGAGGGUAAAACUGCGCAUUUCUUGAACAUUGUUUGUCCUAAAAUUACAUUGACGCUCUCAUGGAACCAUUAUUUUGUCACCUUUACAAGACUCUCUUCAACCAACGAGAUGGAUUUUAAUUCGAGUGAAGAUGAACCUUUAACACCAACAACUUACAAGAAAAGGUAUUCAUCGUCAUGGUUUUAUGGUCAAACGGAUACGAGUUUUCCAACAAUUGAAGAGCAAGUUGAACUGUGUCGUAAGAUAGCGUCACAAUUAGUGAACGAUGAGAACAAGGAAUCUAAAGGAGCGUCCAUGUUUUACAAGCGGGUUAAAAGAGCACCUAAAUGGGUCCACCAAUCAACCCGGAUAGGAAGCACAUCAGGAGCCAGUGGAUUAUCAGCAAACCAACAGUUGUCCACGUUAAACACCACAAGCACAGUAAAUUACGAGGAGAAAUGUUUGUCCGAAGAUGAGAGGGAACAAAUUGAGAAGAUGAAACAAAGAUUUAGAGAUGAGACUCGAAAACCAUUGAAAUUGAUUCUAGAUCCAAGAGAAUUAAAAUCAGUGGAAAGGUUACGAAAAAGUGGUACUUCAUUUUCCGAACACAAUGUUAUCACUCCUGAUGUCUGCCAUAAUUUGGUUAAAGAUUUAAAUUCACCAGAGAUUAACAAAGGAGCGCAAAUAUUUUUGAAGAGAAAGGAAAAAAGUACCCAAUGGGUUGUCGAGGAAAACCAGGCAACCAGGGAAAUCCGUGAGAUCAAGAGAGAACAAGAGAAACUGGAAGCGGCCACUUCAGCCUCGGAAUUGUCUAGUCGCCCUGAAUCCAGAUUAUCCGCUUAUAAUCAACCCUUAAACACUAGUAAAACAUCGUCUGAUCCUGUUUCCAUCCAACGGAUAAGAUUAGUCAAAUCACCGUGGGAAGCAGCACUAACCACUGGUAACGUUGACAAUGCUUUUGAAACUGUAACACCAAAUAAAGUUGUGCAAACAGUUAAAGAAGCUGCUGCCAUAAAGCGGUCAUCUAUUGAUACUAAUUGCCUAGUCGAAGAUGCCUUCAAAUCAACAAUCAAUUCAACAAUUAAUUCAACUCCAAUUGAACCCAUAAAAGCCCCAACACUCUCAACAAUAACCGCCACAGGAACAACAACGUCAUCAGUCAAUAAAGUGACCAAUGAGCCAUUUGGAUUUAUUGAGCGAAAGUAUAAUAAUUGCUUGGCCCGAGCUCCAAGAGGUUGGAAUACCAAUGAACCUCGAAAGGAUGAACAACAACGUCCAUUAUCAACUGCCAGUUUCUACCAGCAACAUUAUUACCAGCCAGGUUCAUCUUAUUCACCUUUGACCGUUGGAGCCAGUUUACCGGAUUCAUCUAGAAAUUCUAGUCGCCUUGGACAUUUUGAUCAAUCAAGCAUCAGUGAACCCACCCUAACCUCCACCAAUCCGACAUCCACCAGUCAAAAGAAUACCAACUUUAGCAAUACUUUUAAUUAUAAUUACAAUAAUUAUAAUCAAAAAUCUUGCCUCACUUCAACUAACCAACCCAGUAGCAUUGACUUACCUCAUUUUAACUUAUUAUCAUUUGCCUCCAAUCAACACUCUCUACCCAAAUAUCGUGACUUCAAUUCAUCCCCUCGAGGCUUUAUUCGAUCAACUGGUUAGCUCAAAUGUUUUCUCUCUUACACUAUACUAAUAAGCGAUACUGAGAUUUCCUUUUUCUCUGUUGAAUUCUCAUAUGAGUCUCAUCAUUGUAUCCUAAAUUUUCCUCAAUGAGUUAAUUGUUUGAGAAUUGUUUCAUCUUCCCUCCGAUUUUUCUCUUACUCUGCCUCUGUUUCUUUCUUCUUCUCUCCUUUCGCCCUCAAACCUUUGCUUGCAACGACCGAACGAACGUAUGUUUCAAAAAAUGUGGUUUUCCAACCUACUUUGAAUCAAACUAUGUCUACAAAAAAGACAUGUCCUUAAAUGUGGGCCUUAAUUUGUGAAAACAAAAGUUUUCUACUGUUAACCCAUCAUUCAGAUCGAAAAUACAUUGUCCAUUGUCAUUUGA